GCUCUACAUUGGAGUCCACGUUCCGCUGGGCCGGAGAUCACACCGACGUCACCGUCACCAUGGACACAGACACAGGAAGAGGUCCAAAGAGAGGGACUCCUCGGCUGACGACGGCCGAGAAUCCCCCUCACACACAGACACGCCAGCUCAAAGGGUGCAGUUUCUACUGGGUACCGAGGACGGCGAUGAGGAACACAUGCCUCAUGCUCUCUUUACCGAGCUGGACGAAAUCUGCCUCAGGGAGGGUGAGGACGCCGAAUGGAAAGAGACAGCUAGGUGGCUUAAGUUUGAAGAGGAUGUUGAGGACGGGGGUGAACGGUGGAGUAAACCUUACGUCGCCACACUGUCUCUACACAGUCUUUUCGAGCUUCGCAGCUGCAUCAUGAAUGGCACUGUGAUGCUGGACAUGAGGGCCAACUCGCUGGAGGAGAUUGCGGAAAUGGUUCUGGAUCAGCACGAGGCAUCUGGGCCUUUGGGUCAGGAUGCCAGGAAGAGGAUUCGCGAGGCGCUGCUCAAACAGCACCACCACCAAAAUCACAAAAAACUGGCCAACAGGAUCCCUAUCGUACGCUCCUUUGCUGAUAUUGGCAAGAAACAGUCGGAGCCUCAUUCCAUGGACAAGAACGGCCAAACGGUCUCCCCCCAGUCCCAGCCGGCCAACCAUGAGGGCAAGCAGGACGUCAGCCGAGAAAACAGCGCUGUGGACUUCAGCAAGAUUGACCUUCACUUCAUGAAGAAGAUCCCUCCUGGCGCUGAGGCGUCCAACGUCCUGGUGGGCGAGCUGGAGUUCCUGGACCGGCCCGUGGUGGCCUUUGUCCGCCUGUCUCCAGCCGUGCUGCUCAACGGCCUGGCUGAAGUUCCCAUCACCACCAGGUUCCUCUUCAUCCUGCUCGGGCCUCUGGGAAAAGGCCCACAGUAUCAUGAAAUUGGUCGAUCCAUCGCUACUCUUAUGACUGAUGAGAUUUUUCAUGACGUGGCGUACAAGGCCAAAGACAGGAGCGACCUGGUGGCGGGCAUCGACGAGUUCCUGGACCAGGUGACGGUGUUGCCCCCCGGCGAGUGGGACCCCUCCAUCAGAAUAGAGCCGCCAAAAAACGUGCCCUCUCAGGAAAAGCGUAAGAUCCCCCCGGUUCCCAACGGGGUGACGGACCUGGGAGAGUCUGAGGACCACGGAGGCCACGGCGGCCCGGAGCUGCAGCGUACCGGGAGGUUCUUCGGGGGUUUCAUCCUGGACAUCAAGCGGAAGGCUCCCCACUACCUCUCCGACUACGGGGACGCCCUCAGCCUGCAGUGUCUGGCGUCCUUCCUCUUCCUGUACUGCGCCUGCAUGUCGCCCGUCAUCACCUUUGGAGGACUUCUGGGUGAGGCCACAGAGGGACGUGUGAGUGCCAUUGAGUCCCUGUUCGGGGCGUCCAUGACUGGAAUAGCCUACUCCCUUUUCGCGGGGCAGCCCCUCACGAUCCUGGGCAGCACCGGGCCCGUUCUGGUCUUUGAGAAGAUCCUCUUCAAGUUUUGCAAGGAGUACGGCCUGUCCUACCUGUCCCUGAGGGCCUGCAUCGGCCUGUGGACGGCCUUCUUCUGCCUGCUCCUGGUGGCCACAGAUGCCAGCUCCCUCGUCUGCUACAUCACACGCUUCACCGAAGAAGCUUUCGCUGCACUGAUCUGCAUCAUCUUCAUCUACGAGGCGCUGGAGAAGCUGAUGCACCUAGGCGUGCACUAUCCCAUCAACAAGCACAACAACCUGCAGAAGCUCACGCAGUACUGGUGUUCGUGCGUGGAGCCCAGGGACCCGAGCAACGAGACGCUUCGCUUCUGGGAGGAGAAGAACAUCAGCGUCUCGCAGGUCAACUGGACCGCGCUGGAGGUCAAGGAGUGCGAGAUGCUACACGGGGAUUUUGAGGGCAGCGCCUGCGGCCCGCACGGCCCUUACAUCCCAGACGUGCUCUUCUGGUGCGUGGUGCUCUUCUUCACCACCGUGUUCAUGUCUGCAUUCCUCAAGGAGUUCAAGUUCAGCCGCUACUUCCCCACCAAGGUGAGAGCCAUCAUCAGCGACUUCGCCGUGUUCAUCACCAUCCUGACCAUGGUGCUGGUCGACUACGCCCUGGGAAUCCCGUCCCCCAAGCUGCAGGUCCCAAACAAGUUCAAACCCACGCGGGAUGAUCGGGGCUGGAUGAUAAACCCUGUGGGACCAAACCCCUGGUGGACGACCAUCAUCACCUUCAUCCCCGCUCUGCUCUGCACCAUCCUCAUCUUCAUGGACCAGCAGAUCACCGCUGUUAUUAUUAACAGGAAGGAGCACAAGCUAAAGAAAGGCGCUGGCUACCACCUGGACCUGUUCGUGGUGGGGGUGAUGCUGGGCGUGUGCUCCGUCAUGGGCCUGCCCUGGUUCGUGGCCGCCACCGUCCUCUCCAUCUCCCACGUCAACAGCCUGAAGCUGGAGUCGGAGUGCUCGGCUCCGGGGGAGCAGCCCAAGUUCCUGGGCAUCCGGGAGCAGCGCUUCACCGGCCUCAUGAUCUUCACCCUGAUGGGCUGCUCCGUCUUCAUGACCUCCAUGCUGAAGUUCAUCCCCAUGCCGGUGCUGUACGGGGUCUUCCUGUACAUGGGGGCGUCGUCACUCAGAGGCAUUCAGUUCUUCGACAGGCUGCGGUUGUUCGCCAUGCCGGCCAAACACCAGCCAGACUUCAUCUACCUCCGCCAUGUUCCCCUGAGGAAGGUGCACCUGUUCACCAUCGUGCAGCUCACCUGCCUGGUCCUGCUCUGGGUCAUCAAGACCUCCAAGGCCGCCAUCGUCUUCCCCAUGAUGGUCUUGGCCCUGGUGUUCAUCCGUAAGUUGCUGGAUUUCAUGUUCACCAAGAGAGAACUGAGCUGGCUGGACGACCUCAUGCCGGAGUGGAAGAAGAAGAAGCUGGAGGAUGCUGCAGAAGAGGAGGAACACAGUAUUAUUGCAGAAGAGGAAGGCAUAGUUCAGGUGCCACUCGAAGGGGACUUCAAGAGUGACCCGGCCACGGUGAACAUCACUGAUGAGAUGUCCAAAGGAUCUUUCGGGGGGGUGUGGAAGAGUGUCAGUCCGGUUGAUAGCACUAAAAAGGAGCCGAGUGCUAAAAGCUCCCCCUCCUAACCUCUCUGACGCUGACGUCCCAGAGUUGUGCCAGCGGCGGUGAGAAGCGACACAAGCGGCGAAGGCACGAGAAGAGCCUGGACAGGGAGACGAGUUUGUGACGACACAUGCUGGUGGAGACGCUGCUGUCGAUCAGUGGAUUUAAAAUAAAAAAUAAAAUCUAAAAAAAAAAAAAAAAAAAAAAAAACUAUUCCGUGCCACAUUUAACCACCCGUGUACUGUGCUGCACUGUGUUCUUUUUGUCAUGUCAGUCUUUGUGGAUGUUGUGUAAAAACAGAGAAACACCUGCUAGAAACUGUAUUAACAAGACCAUACGUGUACAGUAUACAGUAUGUGUAUAUACAUAUAUAUAUAUAUAUAUGUAUAUAUAUAUUUAUAUAUAUAUAUAUAUAUAUAUAUAUAUAUAUAUGUAUAUGUAUAUAUAUAUUUAUAUAUUUAUAUAUAUAUAUAUAUAUAUGUAUAUGUAUGAAGUCAGGAUUAUGUGACAUCUACACUAAUUGUUUAAUCAAUGGGCCAAUUAAGGAAUAACAGUUCAAGUGAUUUUUAAACUACUCUUUAUUUGUAUUUUGUAUGUUUUUUAUAUUUUUCCAACUACAACUGCAAGUUAUCCUUUUACGAAACCUGCCACAUGAACCACAGAAGGAUCUCACGUGGAGCGUUCGCUGACGCUCCACUGCUGUGGAAUUUCACAACUCGCGUUAGAAAAAAACUUGAUAGAUAUUUGCCAAUACCAAUCAAUUUAACUGUUGUCUAAGAGAGUUGGCUAUGAUAUUUAGUAAUUUUUAAAAGUGAUAAAUAUACAUUUUCUAUAUAACGUGGAUCCUAAAUGUAGUCGUGUCAGUCACAUCUGAACACUAGUCUCCGUCGCUUUACACAUGAAUGUCUCCCGUUGAGCAUGUUGAGGUGAGUUCAGGAAAACAGUGAUUCUUUUCAGUAAAUGUUUAUUGUUGAGUGUUAACCUUGACUGAAGCCACUCGUGUCAGUAGCCGACGGUAAAUAGCAGGAGGGUGGCUUGGCUUAGUACAAAAGUUUAAAAAUGCCGACGCCGGAGCAGAGCCAGAGGAGUUAUUGCACCUUUUUACAGAACUACGUUCAUUUGUGAAACUGAAAAGGUGCAAAAUCAUGCUGCAUGUUUAUUAGCGGAUAUACGCUACAAAGCGACAUAUCAGAUUUUUUUUUUUAUUUUUCAUUUGACUUUUUCCAAAAGUAAGAAACCAAAUGGUUUUAUUUUCCAAAUCUCUCUUUCGAUCUUUUUAUUUUUAAGCUGCAGCGUGACUGAAAAUUUCAUUUUUUUUUUUUUUUUUUUUUUUUUUUGCAUGACAGCUUAUUUCUGUAGCUUUAGCUAUAUGUGGCCGCUUAAAAAAAAUAGAAAAAAAAAGAAAACAACUUUAAAGAUUGCCUUUUUGGGUGUCUGUGCAGAAGGCUCCAUGGUUUCUUCCUGUGUACUCUUCUUCAUCUUAUCAGUCAUCCAUGGAAAUGUCCUCUCCAACAACCCUCGCUGUGUCAGCAUCUGAAGAUAAUUGUGUUUUGGAAAGAAAAACAUCUGCAUGAUGGUUGCAGGACAGUUGCUACUACAAUGGUUACUUCUAGAGAUGCAAUAAUACUUUUACUUUCUGGGAAGGGCAAAUGUAAUACAUGGGAAAGAGUUGUAACAAUGUAUAAUACAUAGUAUAUUUUGUUCAUGUAAAAUGGCACUAUUAUAUUACUAACAUGAAAUCAGUGUUGAAUUCUUUCCUUGUAGAUGUUUUUUUCCCCCCAUUGUCUAAUUGAUGGCUCUUAGUUCCUUAGAGAAGCUAAUAUUUGGUCAAAGAUUAUAUCAGUAUCAAAUAUUUUGACCACUUCUGUGUGAAAUUCUGCCUUAAAUUUGGUAGAAAUAGAUGGGCAUUUUCUGUAAUAAUUUAAGAAAACUAAAAGAACUAUCAGUUCAGAUCUGUUGUGCAAUAGUGUUUUAUUUCAUGAAGAUGAGAACAAGGGAGCACCUGGGAGACCAUAAAUAAAGAUGUAGAUAUGAAACAGCUGAAAUGAUGCAGCACUUUGUCUUUUUGUCGCCCUCUAACAGCUAACAUUCCAUUUCACUUCAGUACCGUACUAUAGAGCAGUGCUUCCCAACCUUUUUUCCUUGGAGUCCCCCCUACUUGUGUCUAAGACAAGCCGGGCCCCCCAACCCAUACGUACUAGCAGCAAAAGA